UCGACCCAAUUGGUCUGCAGGUUUUCCCUCUUUUUCAGGGCCCGCAAUUUCGCCAAAAACCAGACCACUGCCCUUUCCUUGGCCUGGUCUGUGUCCAAGCAACCCGGGCGACGCUCAUUUCGCUCCUUUUCCACCUCUCCCACCCCCUUGAGAGUUCCCCAGUUCUCCCUCCAUCAUCAGUUCAUCACUCUCUUGAACUGCUGGCCGCUCGUUUCCUGCCAUUGACGGUGUUCUGUCUUGCUUCGCGAGUUCCACCCAACGGAGAGCUCUAGCUCUCUCUCACGUUCUUUUGGAAUUGUCAACAAACAGCAGUCCUAUCUCAUCAUCACCACCAACAACAACAAAAAGACUCGGGACCCCUGAGAGAAUCUACCAGAAUGAAGGGCGUGAUCAGGACGGCCGUCACGGCAGCCGUGAUUGUCGGUGUUGCCGCGCAACCUCAUAACCACGGCCAUCGUCAUCUUCAUGCCAAGAAGCGUGAUGUUGUGGUCGUUACCGAGGUUGUCGAAGGUCCCACUGUUGUCAAGUACGUGACGCCGGACGGGGAGACGUUGGAUGCUGCACAGGCCGAGGCGGACAUCUCGAAGGGCCUCUAUUAUGUCGUGGGCUCGUCGUUGCCUAGCUUCAGCGCCCCUCCCCCUGCCGUCUCGACCUCCAAGGCCAGUGCCGAGUUCGGAGCUCAGUUCUAUGAGAAGACGACUUCGACUUCGACCUCGACCUCUACCUCGACGUCGACAUCUACCAGCACCACCACGACUUCGGCAAAGCCUUCCUCGACAAAGGCCCCGACCCCGGCUCAGCCCUCGGCCACCGGUCUGGACGCCGACUUCCCGAGCGGCGAUGUCCCGUGUGGCCAUGUCCCGACCGAGUAUGGUGCUGUCAAUAUUCCCUGGCUUGGUACCGCAGGGUGGACAACACUUGCCAAGUUCGGCUCUUUCAUCAAGGGUGUCUCAGUCGACGACAUCGAAUCCCCCACCUCGGGAACCUGCCAGCCUGGCAUGGUGUGCUCUUACGCGUGCCCUCCGGGCUACCAGAAGACACAGUGGCCCGUGGAGCAGGGUGCGCGUGGCCAGUCUGUUGGCGGCUUGUACUGCAACGAGAAGGGGAAACUGGAGCUCACGCGGCCCAAGUACACCAAGCUUUGCGAGCCCGGCGAGGGCGGCGUGUAUGUCCGGAACGAGCUCGACUCGAACUCGGCCAUCUGCCGUACCGACUACCCAGGCAGCGAGGCUAUGGUCAUUCCAAUUGACACGCAGCCGGGUAACACGUACCCUGUGACGAACCCGGAUCAGAGUUCGUACUACGUGUGGCAGGGCAAGCUCACGACUGCUCAGUACUACGUUAACAAUGCGGGUGUUUCCGUCGAGGAGGCCUGCGUGUGGAAGAGCUCCCUGUUCCCCGAUUCCGCUGGCAACUGGGCGCCCACCAACAUCGGAGUCGGCAAGGCCGGCGGCGUGACUUACCUCUCCAUCUUCCCCAACAAGCCCACCACCACUGCCAAGCUUGAUUUCGAUAUUGCCAUUGAGGUGGACGGCAAAGUCCGGAGCGACUGCUGGCUGAAGAGCGGUGAAUAUGCGUUGCCUGACGGCUGCACGGUCGGUGUGCCGAGUGGCAGCACGGCGACCAUCGUACUCAAGAAGAGCUCUUGAGGGGGGAAGGGGGGUAGCUGCACUGCGUGUUGGGUUCUUUCUUCGUUUUAUCAUCCUCGCUGCAGGCCCAUGGCGACAACUUGUGCAAAGUUCCUCGUGCUCCAGAAACCAUUCACAACUCUGACAAUUUAAUGGGCAGGGCGGGAGUGGUGUAUUUAGAGUCGCAUAUUCUGGUUCCUUUAAUGUUUGAAAUGUUUAUACUUUGCGAUUAUGCACAGUAGACAGGGGUGCGAAGUUGCCUUUAUCUAAGGCGGUACCUAAGUAGGCAAUGGAUGCCAAACUUAUUAAGCUUUAUAUCCAGUCCAGGUCGCCCAGGCAGGCGUGAUGUUACUCCCACCCACAACAUGCAGGAUAUGUUCAGCACAGAGA